AUGGAGGCUGUUCUUCCUGGCAGGAUCGGAUUCAAAGUCACCACCGCACCCAUCGCCCCUAUUGGAAUCGAGCAGAAGACAGGCCCUACUGAAACCCGACAGAAAGUUACCCGAAAAUGGUCUGCGUUCAAGUCAUCUCCUGUUUACAAACUGGUGGAUGUUGCAGAAUGGCACAUUCCAUGGCUACGAACGCUCAAAAUGGUCAAAUGGCGUUCGUCCAACCCGGUUAUCAUCACUUCCAUUACCCUGGCAGUCUUCACCGACACAUUCCUUUACGGAAUUGUGGUGCCAGUCAUUCCCUUUGCAUUUUCUUCCCAGAUGGGGGUGCCUGAAGACGAUGUUCAGAACCAGAUUUCCCGUGCCCUGGCGCUUUACGCAGCCGGCCUUGUCGUUCUCUCGGUUCUCACAGGCGUUGUGGCCGACCACAUGAAACGCAGACGGCCAGUAAUGCUAUUUGGACUGCUUCUGUUGAUUGCAGCUACAGCAAUUGUUUGCUGGGCCAAGUCUCCUGGCGUGUAUGAUCUCGGUCGAUUCAUCCAGGGAGCCAGCGGAGGAAUUGUGUGGGUGUCCGGACUGGCGAUCCUGGCUGAUGCCUCGGAUCCAGACACGAUAGGCAUGUUUAUGGGCUUCCCAGACAUUGGAAUGUCAUUAGGCACGUUUCUGGGACCAACUAUCGGAGGAGCUGUGUACGAUAGAGUUGGCUACAACGCUGUAUUCUACGUCUCCUUCGGAGUUUUGGGUCUAGAUGUCAUUUUGCGGUUAAUUAUGCUGGAGAGAUCGGACUACAAGAGACUCUAUCCGGCAGAAUUUGCCCAGGAGGAGCUGGAAAAGGCGAAAAAGAAGGCCGAGGAGGCUGAGCAGAAACGUAUCGAAGAAGGCAUCGAUAUCGAAGAUUGGGAAUCGACUAUGGAGACCGAAGCUGAACCUGGUCCUUCUCCUCAGGCUAUCAUGUGGUUCCAGGUGUUUGGAAGAAAGGUGUGGGUUCAGAUCCCACCCAUUAUUCUGCUCCUCAGGCAUCCUCGUAUCCUCGUCAUCUUCUUCCAAGCAGUCAUCUUUGGCUGGUGUGUGGGAGCUCUGGAUGCUACCCUACCUAUGCAUCUGGAUGAGAUUUUUGGAUUCGGGUCUCUACAGGCUGGUCUAGUCAUGUUGGCUCUUGCUAUCCCUUCCCUGAUCGGCCCAGCCGUCGGAAUGAUGGUUGACAAGUUUGGAGUCAAGUUAUUUGCGACUCUGGGUUUCAUUUGUGCCUGCCCCUGCUUCAUUCUUCUCCGUCUACCCGACCACCACAAUGUGAGACAGGUGGUUCUUCUGUGUGCGCUCCUAGCACUUCUGGGAGCCUCUCUUGUUGUAUUGGUUGGUCCUGUGAUGACCGAUCUGGCUUCUUUCACUGCCAAACUCGAAAAGCGACGUCCUGGCUUCUACGGCAAAGGAGGAGGUCUGGCUUCUGCUUUUGGUAUCUUCAACGUCGCCUUUUCUAUCGGUAUCAUCAUUGGACCGCUUCAAGCAGGAGCCACCAAGGACAGAAGUGGCUGGGGAAUGAUGGUCUUGUCUGUCGGACUUGUUUCUGUCAUAUCAGCAAUCCCUACGUUCCUCUUCUCGGGAGGAUACCUCUUCUCCAAGGCUAACAAGGGCAAGACGCUCUUCCAGCGAGUUUUCCGGUCGCCCAACGCGUGGGAAAAGGAGGAGAAGGCAGCUCGAGAGGAGGAGCGAAGACGGUUGCGAAUGGAAAGGUCUAAGGAGGAAACUGGAGACGGAGGGAUAGAGAAGAGUCUGGGUGUGAAGGAGAUGGAUAUGGGAAUUGAUGACACGACAUAG